AUGUCGCCCAUUGGGCGGGCCACCGCUCCCGCCCCAUUUAAGACGAACGGUGUUAGUCGACCGGCUUCGAGUGUUGUGAAUCGACCGACUUCGAGCAUCGUGAAUCGACCGAAUCCUAGCGUUGUGAAUCGACCGCCAGCAAGUAUCCCCGUUAAUCGACCAGCUGUUAACAUUAACAGGCCGGCUUCGAACGUUAACAUUGUGAAGCCAGCUUCGAAUACCAACGUUGUGAAGUCACCUAACCUCAACGUUAGUAAGCCAGCACAGAAUCCAAACGUAAAUCGACCAGACAACGUUAAUCGACCAGAUUUAAACAAGGAUUCAGAGAUCAAAGUUAGUAAGCCGGCUUCAAAUACAAUUGUCAGUAAACCAACGUUGAAUAUUAACGUGAACCGGCCGGUAUCAAACAACAAUAACAACGGUAACACCAACGGUCAUCCGAAGGAGAUGGGUCAGAUUCGGCACAGCAAAGAAGUCGAUCCAAAAAUUAUGGCUAUUCUACAGUCGGCUUCUACUGAUAUUCCUCAAACCUUACCCACAUCACCUCGAUUUACAGGUUAGAUUUUGUCGAUUUCUUUGGGGAAUUGGGUUAAUAUUGAUGAGCGUAGUUAAUAACAAUGUAGUUUGCGUGCUGUUUAGUGUAAAGUUAUCUUUUUAAUGGUUUUUGAGUUUGGCAUGAUGUUGGCUUGAUAAAAGCUUUUUUAAAUUUAAUUUAGGACUUAUUUUAAGUUAGAGUUGUAAUUUUAAUGAUGAAAUAGGCUUUUCUUAUCAAAGAAAAACUGCUGUUCUUUUUCCUUGUUUUUUCGAAAAUUUGGAGAACAGUUUAGGUUAUUCUUUGCUUUUUGUGUUAAAAAAAGCUGAAGUUGAGUAUUUUUGGGGUUUGAGUAGUAUUUUUAGGCAAUAAUUAUAUUUUUUUACAUUUUUGUAAAUAUUUUUACAAUUUUAUUACCUAAAACAAAACAAUUUUUGUUUAUUGAAAUAAUGUCUUGUUUUCUAGGCUGAUUUAUACUUUUUAUAAACUUUUGAUUGUUUUCGUUGUAUUUAAUUUAUUUCUUCUUAAUUUCAGGUUCUUCAUUGAUCAAAAAGCGCACUGUUGGCCGACCGCCCAACCCAGAAGCCAUGGGCUUGCGAAAGGUGUCGCUUCAGAAGGUGAUCAAGAAGAAGAAGGUUCGAACGGGUUCAGUCGGCUCAAAUGGCAUGCCUCCACCUGCACUACCGCCCAAAGUUAACUUCCGGGCACGGGCGUUGGACCCGCAACGACAAAUGCCGGUACACAUAAUCAAGGUGGACAACAAAAACGGGUUUUCGGCUUCGGCGAAUUUGGAAAUGUUGUACAACAAUAAGCCGACGAAACGGCCACUCUUCUCGGUGCCAUCGGGCAUGGAACGGGAUGAGGAAAAGGUUGGUUUAAAUUAUUUUUUUUUUUUAAUUUAGGUAAAUUUCGGAUUUUUUGGCUGAGUUUUGCUUUCUGUAUAUUGUUCUAUAGCAUGUUUUUGCUAUUUUGAGCAUUUUCUCUGAGUUUUGUUGCCUAAAAAAUAAAAUUCGGUUUAUGGGAUCAAUUUUACUUAUUUGUUACCUAAAACAAUAUUUUUAAGAAAGUGAAUUGGCUGUUAAAUUUAUAUUUAGUAUUUUAUAAUUAUAUUUUGAUUUUUAAAGUUUAUUUUACAACUUCUGUUAUUGUAGGAGCUACACUUACGACGAGCUAUCGAAGCUCAGAAGGCCAGCUCUUUGAGCCAAGAACAUCAUAUCCCAACAAGACAGGUAGAAGUUCUAACGCCAGCUGAGUAUCAAGAAAUGACCAGUUGGGAAAGGAACGUCAAGCGAGGCGAAGAAUACAUUCCACUUGAACGAGGUGAGUAUUUCAUGUUAGUUUUGAUUUUUAGGUAUUUAUGAAGAAGAUUUUUUUAUCUUUUACUGAUUGUUAUAAAGUUUUUGAUGUAGUAAUGUCAGAAAUGAACAAAAAUUGUUAUUUUUUUAAAUUUCGACUUGAUUUUACAAAAAUUGAUGUAUUUUUUACCGUAAUAUAUCUAAAAUUUUUCUAGGCGAUCUCGACUUCUGUGACGAUGAUACGGUGUACGAUGCGGAUGAAAAGGACGAUGAAUGGUUGAGGAAAAACAAUUAUUUUGUUUCGUUGGAUGUGUUCGAACUUCUAAUCGAGAAGCUUGAGGUUAUGGCGAACGAAAAAGUUCCUUCAACGAUACCAUUCUUUGAAGAGGUGGCACAACGACAUCCGGAAAUGGACGCAGAUGUCUUGGAGAAGGUGUACGAUUACUGGAUCGAACGGAAGAGGGUAAGGAUCAUGAUUUUUAUGUUAUUAGGUACCUUUUUUAUUUUGAGUUGAAUUUGAAAGAAAAAUACGAAAAAUUAGAUUUUUUGAAUAUUAAUAUUAUAAUUGAUGGUUUUCGAAAGCUUAUUCAUAAUUUUCAGGAAAUGAUCCUAACUUUACGAAUGAAUGCAUGUCUGGUACCGUUGGUCCCGAGCAAAGCUAAGCUUGGCGAAAAAGACAACCCAUACAUUGCAUUUCGUCAUCGUGGUCCGAGAGUAACAACCAGAAGAAAGCAGCGUCUCGAAGCCGAACACUACGGUACGAUGCUAAAACUGGCGGCAAUGACUAAAAGAACUCACUUACUAACCAAAACUUUUGUGGAACGAGAUCGUCUCAAAGCACAAAAGGCUAAGGAAGCUGUCGCAAGUUUUGAAGCCGAAUGGGAAGAGUUGGAACGGGGAAACAGUGUUACGGACGAGGAACCCAAACCUUCGACAGAGCAUACCCCAGAUGUAACGGCGACGUCGUGGUUACAUAAAGUAGGUUUUUUUUGGUUUUUAGUAUUGUUUUUGAAGACUUGGAUUGGUUUAUUGCAGUAUUUCGGUAAAAUACUAUUGUCUUGAAUUGGGAUUGAAUUUAAAGUUUUUUUUGGGAGUUUUUUUAAUCAUGUUUUUGUUUCAGCACUGGUACGACGUUGUGAAUGACGUGCUGGACUAUACCAAAAACGAGAUCUCAGCCGGAUGCGGAACAGUCAAACGAGCUUACGUGCCGGGCGCGGAAGACGGCCGGUUCGCCUUCCAAAAGAAUCCCAGCUGCUAUUAUCGAGCCGCGGGCGUCACCACGAUAGACGAGCCUUCGGCCGACGCUGGCCUGCUCACGACGGCGUCGCGGUCCUCCACUGAUCUCGCCGAAGACAACAAUAAUAUGAGCUUGGUUCAGGCGCACGACUUUCAACAGUUGACCGGUCUGGAUUCGGCCGUCUUGGGCCGCGCACGAUGGGGCCGCUCGGGACGACUGAAUCUGGAUUUUGCGCUGCCGCACAUUCGAGGAUCCUCAUUUAUGCAGUAA